UUUGCAUUUUGCAUCAUGGCUUCACAACUGAUUUUUGGUGGAGCUUAAACAAAGAUCUUGGUGAAUCCCGAUUUUUGAUUAACUCUAUAUUAAUUUAUACUGAUUGUUUAAUUAUCAAUCUUUAGUACAGAAAAAUGUCCAAUUAACGGUGCUGAUUAAAUGACACCGCCAACAACUUGAUCAGUUCGUACACUGAAAGUUGUACACAACACUUUUGAUCAUUCAUUAUGAAGCCUGGUGCAAACCUCAAAUUACCAGACAAAAUGAUUGAUGUUACAGAGGGUUGUUUAGUCCCUGUAAGGAUGAAAUUCACCAAUGAGUGGCAUAUGGGUGAAGUGAUAAGUAUUAAAAACAGUGAGAAUGGAGACAACCUUUAUUAUGUGCAUUUUAUAGACUUCAACAAGCGUUUGGACGAAUGGGUAACCAAGGAUCGUAUGAAUUUGGAAAAGAUACAUCUACCUACGAGAGAGGAAGCCGCGCUAAAAUUACAAGAGAUGCCAAUUUCACCAGAUGAUAGGAUAACUACUACAGAAGUAGAGGAAGUUCAGAGGAAUAAUAAUAGCUUGAACAAUACUCUGAACAAUACUCUGAACAAUAAUCUAAACAAUAAUCUAAACAACAACCUUAACAUCACCAUAAGCAACAACUUAAGCAACAAUCUAAACAACAAUCUUAACAACAAUCUUAACAAUAGUAUAAACAAUAGUAUAAACAAUAGCAUAAACAAUAGUAUAAAUUGUCCACCAAUUAGUCCGGUUAAUAAAUUUGUUUUAGGACCUAAAAAAGGACGUGGUCGUAAACGGAAACUUCCAUCCUUCACAUCACAAUCAGAAAAUCCUGACCAUUCACCUAAUCUUUGGGCUGGCGGGAGUGGGGCUGUUGUAGCACCACGAACCAAUGGCAGCCUAUCAUCACAUAAUCCUGAUGACAUUCUCACUCGAAUACGUAAUAUAGAUUUGAUUGAGAUUGGUCAACAUCGAAUUAAACCCUGGUAUUUUUCUCCCUAUCCUCAACGUUUAACAUCAUUACCAUGUAUUUAUUUGUGUGAAUAUUGUUUAAAGUAUGUAAAGUCAAGAACUUGCUUGAUAAGACAUUUUACAAAGUGUAAACUACGACAUCCUCCUGGGAAUGAAAUCUAUCGUAAAGGAACCAUUUCUUUUUUCGAAAUUGAUGGUCGAAGUAAUAGGAUAUAUGCUCAAAAUUUGUGUCUACUUGCCAAAUGUUUCCUAGAUCACAAAACAUUGUACUACGAUACUGAUCCUUUUCUAUUUUACAUCAUGACUGAGACUGAUGACAGAGGAUGUCACAUAGUCGGAUAUUUUUCGAAAGAAAAAGUAUCCUCGGAGGAUUACAAUGUUGCUUGUAUAUUAACGCUUCCACCUUAUCAACGUAAAGGUUAUGGUAAAAUAAUGAUUGAAUUCAGCUAUGAAUUGUCCAAAUUUGAAGGUAAAACGGGCAGUCCAGAGAAACCGCUUAGUGAUCUUGGAUUAUUAUCUUAUCGAAGCUAUUGGGCCGAAACCAUCUUGGAAUUAAUAAUCAACUUAAAAACACCUGAAGGAUCAAUUCGACCUCAAAUUAGUAUAAACGAAAUCUCUGAGAUGACAAGUAUUAAAAAGGAGGAUGUGAUAUCAACCCUUCAAUUUCUCAAUAUGAUAAAUUAUUAUAAAGGGGAAUACAUUAUUACAUUAAGUAAAGAAGUCAUUGCCAGUUUUGAAAGAAUAUCGAAAAAGCGUCGAUUGAGAAUUGAUCCUGGUUGUUUACAUUGGACUCCUAGGGAUUGGACAAAAAGAGGAAAAUGGUGAUAGAUGGGUUUGCUGAUUCAUUUCAGCCUGGUAUUACCCGAAUAGAAGUACAUUUUAUCCAUUAUACUGGAUUUUUUUUGUCAAUUGUGGAUAUUCAUUAGACAAAAAAUUUGUGAUAAAAUAUUUAAAUUUGAUCGACUCAUGGAAUGAAAAGACUAAUAUUGCAAGCGCAUAUUAAGACAAACUAACCUAAAAGUCGACUCAAGCACCAAAAAACAACAUUCACUGUGUUUUUUUUCUUUGUAAAUUAUGUUUCACUUUAGAAAAACUCAUGUCAUUAAACUGAUGUUAAAACUCAGUUGCCAACCUCAGUUGCUUUUCAUAAGUAACAUGUAUCUCAAGUUUAGAUAAACUGUUCUUGACUACUCA